UGUAUUUAAAGCAGAAGACGACUUCACUGUGCUUCACACAUCGCUGGACUGAACAGUGACUACAAUGAGCAUCUCUUGGUUUAUAACUACACUGCUACUGCUGCACUCCUGCACCCCAGGUGUCAGUGUGGUUCAUGGUAUCGUUAACGGUCAGGUGUCCAUUCCACACAGCCGCCCAUACAUGGUCUACAUUCGUGACCCGCAAACACCUUCAGAAGCAUGUGGUGGUUUUUUGGUAAGAGAAGAUUUUGUGAUGACGGCUGCCCACUGCAAAAAAGAUAAUCUCAUGGUGUAUUUGGGUGUUAAUGACAUAAACCGUUUACCUGCUGGUAUAGAGGUCAAUGCCUUUCCACAUCCAGAUUUUGCGGACAAACCAGGUGAUGACAUUAUGCUACUAAAGCUUAAAACCCCAGUAACUCUGAGCGAGACUGUGAACAUCAUUGCCCUGCCAGAAGCUAAUAGAGCAAAAAUCUCAAGUAACUGCAUGGCCAUGGGUUGGGGCUGGCAGGAAUACGGGCACGCGUCUCUAUCAAGAGUCCUGAGAGAAGUGAACCAAACUCUUUUACACUCUAAACAUUGUGCCACAUCUCACACUUUAUGCACUGAGGGAACAGCCGGACCAUCACAGGGGGACGAUGGGGGUCCACUUAUUUGUGGAAAUAUCGCACAGGGCAUCAUGUCUUACUUCAUACAGGUGGAGUCUACAACCUACCUUACAGUGUAUACUAAAAUCUCUCACUACCUUCCAUGGAUUCAUAAAAUCAUGAAUGUAUUUCUUUAAAGCAUCACAAACCAU